GUGUUCUAGCUUUCUAACUCUGUUACGUCCUGGCUGUGUGACUCUCACCCUUGGGUCGACCUCUCUGAGCCCCCGUGUCUGCUGUGAAACGCACACCUUGAGUCCCUGGGCAGAUCCGGGACCUGGCUGCUGACACACUCAGCACAUAGGUAUCGGAGUCGAUGGUGGCUGCCACUUAUUUUUGUUGUUAUUGUUAUUCCCAUGUACAAGGUGCUGUUGGGAACACACAGGAAGUGACUGGCUGGGGGUCGGGGAAGGCUCCGUAGAAGAGGGAACACUUGAGCUGGGUCUUGAAGGAUGAGUAGAAGUUCACCAAGUGGGAAGGCACACUCUAGGAUGGCCGAGCCUCGAUUUAACAACCCCUACUUCUGGCCCCCUCCUCCCACCAUGCCCAGCCAGCUGGACAACCUGGUCCUGAUUAACAAGAUCAAGGAGCAGCUGAUGGCUGAGAAGAUCCGGCCGCCUCACCUGCCACCCACGUCGGCCUCGUCACAGCAGCCACUGCUUGUGCCGCCGGCGCCCGCCGAGAGCAGCCAGGCCGUGAUGUCGCUGCCCAAGCUGCAGCAGGUGCCAGGGCUGCACCCGCAGGCCGUGCCACAGCCCGACGUGGCGCUGCACGCGCGGCCAGCCACCAGCACGGUCACAGGUCUGGGGCUGUCCUCCCGGACUCCGGCUGUGAGCACGUCCGAGUCGAGCACGGGCACAGGCACGGGUACCGGCACGGGCACCAGCACCCCGUCCACGCCCACCACCACCAGCCAGAGCCGCCUCAUCGCCUCGUCCCCCACCCUCAUCUCAGGGAUCACCAGCCCCCCCCUCCUGGACUCCAUCAAGACAAUCCAGGGCCACGGCCUGCUCGGCCCCCCCAAGUCUGAGCGUGGCCGCAAAAAGAUCAAGGCAGAGAACCCAGGUGGCCCGCCGGUCCUCGUCGUCCCCUACCCCAUCCUGGCCUCGGGCGAGACUGCAAAGGAGGGCAAGACGUACAGGUGUAAGGUUUGCCCGCUGACCUUUUUCACCAAGUCUGAGAUGCAGAUCCACUCCAAGUCGCACACAGAGGCCAAGCCCCACAAGUGCCCGCACUGCUCCAAGUCCUUUGCCAACGCCUCCUACCUGGCCCAGCACCUGCGCAUCCACCUGGGCGUCAAGCCCUACCACUGCUCCUACUGUGAUAAGUCCUUCCGACAGCUCUCCCACCUCCAGCAGCACACCAGAAUCCACACAGGCGACAGACCCUACAAGUGCCCACAUCCUGGCUGCGAAAAGGCUUUCACUCAGCUCUCCAACCUCCAGUCUCACCAACGCCAGCACAACAAGGACAAGCCCUACAAGUGUCCCAACUGCUACCGGGCCUACUCAGACUCCGCCUCCCUGCAGAUCCACCUCUCGGCCCACGCCAUCAAGCACGCCAAGGCCUACUGCUGUAGCAUGUGCGGGCGGGCCUACACCUCGGAGACCUACCUGAUGAAGCACAUGUCCAAACACACGGUGGUGGAGCACCUGGUGAGCCAUCACUCUCCCCAGAGGACCGAGUCCCCAGGCAUCCCGGUGCGAAUCUCCCUCAUCUGAGCCCCGCCCGGCCUGCCGGCCCACACCAACCCAGGCUGCACCAGGCCCCGACGCCCUCCAGGGGCCCUCCGGGAACCACCAGGCGCUCUCACGACCUUCCCGACCUUCCAGAAAGCGUGGUCCACAGAAGCCCUGCCCGGUCCAGCUCCGAGGACGGCCAGGCCAGCUGCGAGGUCCUGCAGUGUCCGGUGGCAUCCAAAGACGAUCUCAGAGCAACUUUGAACCUCUGCUGGGUUUUCUUUCUGUUUCCCGCCCUUCACUUGCUUCACUGAUUUUUUUUUUUUUUUAAGUUUGUUUUGGAAAUAACAGAAAAAAAAAAAGAAGAUAUUUAUUGGUCAGGAAGUUGGUGCUGCUAAGACCGAGACAUGAAAAGAACUGGACGGAUGGAGGCAGAGAAGCAGAGGGCAACGUGGGACCUCCUCUAACCGGGCCUUGAAGGAAGGAUCAGGCCUGGGUCUGCAAAGGGGACCCCCGGGUGAGAGCGGGCAGGAAGCCGCCGGAGCGAGCCCCUCGUCCCUGGCUGCCUGGCCCGGCCCUCCGGGGGCUGCAGCGGCGGCCGGGACUGGCCAGGCUUCAGCAAGCGGAGACGAGAGAGGGGCCGGGGAGAUCCGCAGGACCAAAGGGUGCAGUGAUGGGCUGUGGGGCCGGGGUGGGCUGGGUGAGACCCGGCCCCUCCCCUGUCGCCCUGAAGACCACCCCAGUCUACCUCGGUGCUGGCCGGGAAACCUAUGGGCUACCUCUCCUGCCACCCCAGGCUGUGGGCAGGGGCCUGGGCAGGGAGCGCGCCUGGGACCAGGACCCCUGUAGGGUUUCCUCCAGAUGGGGACAGUGCCCAGGGAGGGGGUUGGUUGCCUUCCCUGCCAUCGGGGGGGGGGGCUCCCCAGCCCCCCUGAGCCCAGGGGAAGAGGGUCCCAGGAGCAGGCCGUGCCCCCAGCCCCCACAGACACACCCCAAUCUGAAAGCCAUGCGUGUCCGUGUAUAUAGGAACCAUGUACAGAGCCCGGAGAAGCCCCCCACGUUCCCCCGGGGAAUAAAAGAAAGCUAGACAGAAACUCAUCUAUAUAUUCUGUAUUGGAGUUCCGUUUUGAAUAUUAACUGUGUUAUUUUUAUACACUUUUUAAGCCUUAACUCGCCAUUGAUUUCCCAGUUUGACGAUUCCUGGGGUUUCUCCUCCCACGGGGGUCUCUGCCUCCACCCCACCCCUUGUUUGACUUGCGUCGUCCGAAUCUCAGUAUUGUAGCUUCUCGUCCGCAUGUUACUGCCCUGUAAAUACGCUGUGAUCCAUGCUGUUAACACCCCUUUGCUUUUUAAUAUGGGACCUCCAGGCCACCGUACUUAGAAACUAGUUACCUUAUUAAAAAAAAGAAACCGUCUGUUGGCUUCUCCGUCUGCAUCUUGGUGGCAGGGAGGUGAGGGCAGGCGCCCCUCAGGCUGUUCAGGAAGGAAGUUCGCGUCUGGGGAAGGAAAGGGGUGGGGAGCAAGGAGGAAAAUCAAGUGUGGGGGGAAAAGACACUAAAGGGGGCAAGAAGCG